CAACAAUAGACAAAUCCGUCGUUGAUCGGAAGGUGAAAGCUCCGUCACCGUCUCUUCUCCUUCAUCUCGUUCUCAUGACGCCACCGAGACCACCGUCAGGGAGACAAAGGCCGCUGCGUUAUUAAUCAGAUUCAGAGAGAACAGAAGGUAGCGGCAGUUGGGACACGCUUGAAUGGAACAAACUCAAUUCGCAGCACACAGCUUCAGGUUCAAGUUCAACAUCUUUCGCUAAUUUGAGUUGCUUGCUCGAAUCCGAGAGGGUCAUCGUUGAGAUUCUCUUGGUUUUGAAGAUCAUUCUUACUCUUUGAUGCUUUUACUACACAGAAGCUCAUAGGAAAUAUGGUGGAAUUGGAACUCUUCUUGUGAUCAAGGUCUCUCCUGAAUCAGCAAAGCCAAUUUGGAGAACUGGUGGCAGAUCCAGUUACUAAUGAGCUGCUUCAUUACACCGAGAAACCCGAAACUUUUGUCAGUGACCGUAUUAACUGCUGUGUUUAUGUAUUUACACCUGACAUUUUUACUGCCAUAAGACUAAGAGAUGUUUCCUCUCAAAGGAAAGACACAGCAAUUCUGAGACGUGUUUCCAGCUUUGAAGCUCUUCAACCGGCAACAAGACUCCGGGAACAUGGAGGUGGAUGUUGGGAGUUGCGGGAGUUCCGGCGAUAGUUCAGUUUGUGUUGAUGCUGUCACUGCCGGAGUCUCCACGGUGGCUAUACAGAAAAGACAGAGUUGCGGAGUCGAGAGCGAUUCUCGAGAGAAUAUACCCGGCGGAGGAGGUGGAGGCGGAGAUGGAGGCGUUGAGAGAGUCUGUGGAGGCGGACGAGGCCAUCAUCGGAGAUAGUUUUGGCGCCAAACUCAAAGGAGCGUUUGCGAACGCUGUCGUCCGACGUGGACUCGCGGCUGGUGUUACGGUCCAGGUGGCGCAACAGUUUGUGGGGAUCAACACGGUGAUGUAUUACAGUCCCUCCAUUGUGCAGUUCGCUGGUUACGCGUCCAACAGUACAGCCAUGGCUUUGUCUCUUAUAACUUCUGGUCUUAACGCGAUUGGUUCGAUUGUGAGCAUGAUGUUUGUGGAUCGGUACGGGAGAAGGAAGCUGAUGAUCAUCUCUAUGUUUGGGAUCAUAUCGUGUCUUAUUAUCUUGGCCACGGUGUUCUCACAAGCGGCCAUUCAUGCGCCCAAGAUCGAUGCAUUGGAGUCAACCACGUUUUCUCCAAACGCUACUUGUCCAGCGUUUGCGCCGCUCGCGACCCCAAACGCUCCUCCCUCGGGUUGGAACUGCAUGAAGUGUCUCAGGUCCGAAUGUGGGUUCUGCGCCAGCGGAGUACAGCCGUAUGCGCCAGGAGCAUGCGUGGUGUUAUCAGACGACAUGAAGGCGACGUGUCACUCAAAGGGAAGAACGUACUUCAAAGAUGGGUGUCCUAGCAAGUUUGGAUUCUUGGCAAUAGUGUUUUUGGGGCUUUACAUUGUAGUGUACGCACCAGGUAUGGGGACUGUCCCAUGGAUUGUCAACUCUGAGAUCUAUCCGCUUAGAUAUAGAGGUCUUGGAGGAGGAAUAGCUGCCGUCUCGAAUUGGGUCUCUAAUCUGAUUGUGAGCGAGAGCUUUCUCUCACUCACACAUGCGCUCGGCUCCUCUGGGACUUUCCUUCUCUUUGCUGGCUUCUCAACGGUUGGACUCUUCUUCAUUUGGCUGCUCGUGCCUGAGACCAAAGGACUUCAGUUUGAGGAGGUCGAGAAGUUGCUCGAGGCUGGCUACAAACCUAGUCUCUUACGGCGGAGGAACAAGGCCAAAGGUGCUGAUACGGCUUAAGAUGAAGUCUUAAAUUUUUUCUCUUUUCUUAUUAUUACUACGACCAAUUCCAAUUUCUUUUGUAUGAGUCUCAAGGAAUACACUGUAUCAAGAACUCUUUAAAACCUCAAAAGAAUACGUGAUUUAAUACAAAACUAGACCUUCGCGCGGAUA